CGCGUCUUCCUUAUCAUAAAAAUACUCUCUGUGCACGCGAUCGCGUUGAAACAUAUUUGUUUACAAACAUUUAUGCGCAAGUCGGUAUUCGUACUUACUGUUUCGGUAUAUUCGCGGCAAUUUUCUACUCUUUUUCGCAAUUUCGCGUAAAUUUUAUCGAAAUUCGAAUUCGUCUACGUGUAUUUUACGAUAAAAUAGUUUAAGAAUUCGUUCAGCUGUGUGUACUGUGUAACUGUGUUACUCUCUGUAGUUGAAAACUUGUGUGUUGUGUAGUGAACGCUAAUUGUAUACGUAUGGAUCUGGAUUUAUGCGAUGUGUUGGCUUUUUCGAGUACUACGAAGGUCACGCAACCGAGGAGAAAUUUUCGAGGAUAGUUUUCUUCGCGUACCAACGGAUGAAAUUUAUUAUGGCGCUAAAUAAUUAAUACCUAUGUUUGAGAAUCCGGUUUCGUAAAACAUAGAUACUCAUUCUGGCAAUAUGACGACCGUCGAAGGUGAUAUAUUCUUCAAUGAUAACGCUAGAAAAAAACUAGACUACGGUGCGAAGCCGGUUAAUCCCGAGUUUGUCACCGUAGUCACGGUAGAUCCGAUCGAGCCGAAAAAUAAGCAACCAUUUGUGACGAUUUUAUCAAUCGGAGCCGUCAACAAUGAUAACUGGAACGGUUCCGACAGCGAAGAAGUUCUGGUGUACAGGUUACCCGGUGAAAGAUUAGGAUUCGGGUUGAAAUUCGACGGUGGUUUGAACGCCAAUGAAAAAGUCUCCAAGUUAAUGAUCCAGUCGUGCGCUCCGGAUAGUCCGGCAUCCAGAACGGUCGUCUCUUGGGGGCAUUUUUCACCCGGAGAUGAGAUACUGCAAAUUGACGACGUGCCAGUGACCGAGAUGACUCGUAUGGAGUGCGUUCGUAGCCUAAAAGAGUCGAACGUUCAGCUGAAACUUCGUGUCAAAAAAGGAGACAUUAACAAUAUACGAAUUAACAGUGGGAAACAACAAGUGGCUAAAAAUAUUCCACCUCCGGUGCCACCUCGUAAAUACCCUCGUCGUAAUUCCAAAUCUAUUUGUGCUCGAUCAACCAAUGGUCUCUCAGAUGGCAGCGGAUUCGAUAAAGAGAAGGCCCUAGAGAGGGAAAAGUUCAACGUACCCGAACCUCAAGUUUACACCGAUUUGAUUGGUCAAGAGACCGCAUCAUUAGCGAAUCACGAAUCUGAAUCUGACGAUACUGGCAGCAGUAUGUCGACAGUCGUAGACAAACAGUUCUCAACUCCAACCACUUCGAAUUCCAGCUUUUCCGAUGUACGUUCCAUUACAUCGGCCGAAAUCACCGGUCCACCUUCGCCCGAUGAUUUCGCCAAACGUAAAUUCGAUUUAGAUAAAGUUCUCGAACCUUUCCUACAACUGGAACGCGAAUUCUCCUCCAGUGUUACCAUCGAAGACAACAACGACCUUUUUCAAAAACUGGUCGCUGCUGCCAUCUUGAAAGAAAACCCAGAUGGUAGCCAAGUAAUGUUAGACCCUCCGGAUAAGUUCCAAGACCAAUGUUACCAAACCCAGAAUAUCACAGAAAUCGACGUUCAACCAGAAGAACCGCCGAAACCUUUACCCAGAAAAGAAAUACCUAAAACGGUGACGAAAUAUGGUAAAAAGAGGCCACCUCCUCCACCGCCCCAAGUGAAUGAAAAAUCCAACCGGUGUCCGACGCCGGAUCGAGAAGAUCACCACGAGUCUUCCGAUUCUGAUAUCAGCGUCGAUCGCUUACCUCGUUUGAUCGAUUUCGUCCCAAAGGAUCGCGUGGAUUUGGUUAUACCCAGUGCCGUCCAUCCGAAUCCUGUAGAUGUCUUGUUGGAGCAUCAACGUAUCUUAGCCAUUGUCCAUCCGGAAACCACCGACCAUGAAGGAUCGCAUGCUUCGGUUAACGAAGUACUGUGUAAUGUCCAAGAACCUGUUGCUAGAUUACCAAGAAGUGAACUUAAUCAACCUAUUGAAGUUGUUCAUCGUACCGAUACCAGCGAACAAAAGAUCACCGAACAGGAUGCUGAACGCAGUCGACCGUUUGCCCAGAAUUGUUUUGGCAACAGCGAUGAUGUAUCGUAUGGUGAAUCGGAUACCCGCGAUGACAAUAUACCGGUGAUGUCAUUUUCGUCAUCCGAGAUAUCUACUAAGCCAUUAAACGUUGUAUCUGAAGAUUGCGCAACCAAGUCGAGUAAAAAGGACGAAGACACCAAAAUGGACUCACUACUAACGCUAUCUUCGCCUCCGGUCAUUCUGAACGUACCUUCAUCGCCUCCAGCAUACUCGCGAAUGCCUCCAGAUGGGCACGAAUUCCCUCAAAACUACCAAGAAAUCGGACCAAACGGCACGUACGAAUUAACCGCCAUCCCAGCCGUACCGGGCAGCGAACCACCUUCGUACACGGUCGAUGCUUACUACACGAAGAAAUCAGCUUACAUCGACGUUAUCAACGAAGCUAAAUUACUAGACGUGGAGCGAAAACCGAGUGAGAACGAUGCAGACACGAUGAAAAUGGCGAUGUCGUCGCACAAUAAACCGUCUUUUAGUAGUAGUAAAACUCGCAAUGGUGAUGAAUUGGGUAUGGCUCCUGUCGCAGCCACCAGGACACGAGGGCAUGCUUCUUGGAGAAACGACGAGAAAAGCGAACGUAGCGUUAAAGAUAAAAUAGCCAUGUUUUCCAGCGCUAUAGUUAAAGCUGGAAGUAAAGGAACUAGCAACGGAUCGUCCGGUCCGAGUUGCGGUAAUUUAUCCAAAUCGAGACAUAGGUCUUCGGAAGAUAACGUCGCAUUGGUUGAUGGUGGCGGUGUUGGCAGCAUGUUGCAUUCGAGAGUUUACUCGAAAUCGAUAUAUUCGAUGAAUUCGAUCGGAUGUCGCGGUGGCAGUUACUCGGAUGUGAUGUCGUCAACGCAGCCAUCUUAUCAUCAUCACGGUUACGGUGGUGGCUCGAAUCAUCUUCAUCAGCAACCGCAGCAACAGCGAGGUUUCAAAUCAAAAGAUACGUAUCCGGUGUUGCAUUGUCAGCGUGCAAGUGUCGGCGGCGUUGACUCUACCAAUCCUAUAAAUAUAAUGAAUAGAACUCAAAGUUCGAUAGAUCUCACAUUGUCGUCGUCUUCAUGUUCGUCGGCGUAUUCUUCUUGUUCGCCGGAUUCGUCGUUAUCGCCGAUGUCUUCGCCUUCCUACACGAUCGGAUCGUCGAGUACGUUACCGCGUAAGCACAAGUCUCACCAUUUGACCAACGGCACCGGCGGCGGGCCGAAUAACUCUACGUCUUGCUUUUCCUCUUCUUCGUCUACGUCGUCGACUUCGUCGUCGUCGUCGUCUUCGUAUAACGAUAAAAAACACACGUCGCUGACCAGAACUACCAGUUUUACCGGCACGACUACUCUGCACUCGAGGUCGCAAAGUCUCGUCGACGUAUUGCACACGCCUCAUCGAUACGGUAACUACGAAGACUCGGCCGCCUCGUCGCGUAAAGACUCGCUGACCACGUUGAUCGAGCAAAGACGUCGCACCAUGUCCAAGCUUCGAGGGCUCGUUAUACCCGAGAAGACGUGCGAAAGUCAAAAACCCAUCAUCGAUUUGCCGGAAAUCAAGAGCAAAGAAGCGGACAGAUUCAACUGCUGUCCUGUAACCGGUCACAGUAUGACUAGAGGUGGGAUCAAACAAGAGCAUACCACCGCAUACGACAGUUCCUGGAAAUCGGUGCUAAAUGCGUCUGAUAUGCCCAAAUAUUCGCCAGCUUUUAAACGUAAAACGUUAACAGUCUACGGCGUAUCUUCAUCCGCAUCUUCGUUAUCAUCUUCGCUCAAUUCCAGUCGAGAAGAGCUCAGAUCAGACAACAUAGUCAGCAAAACCAAUAAAUCGCCUCCUCCUGCCAAACCUCCUCGUAACAGCGUCACCAAUGCUUACAACAACCCACAACUUCUGUACGGUCCUCCGGUUUAUAAAUCUUUAUUCGCCAAUAACCCCAGCAAUAACCAUACAUUGAACGAGAAAUCAACCGAUACGAGGAAAGACAACAAAUCUCUGACCAAUGAUUCUUACAGCAUAUCUCGAAUGGACGUUUGUAGUAAACUACAAGAAGACAGCGAUAAUGAUUCGGCUGUCAGCUCGAGUCGUUCCAGCUUAUGCCAAGAGUACUCGCCUCCUUCAUCUCCUUCGCCAAAUACCGAAUACGAUAGUCAAACCAACGACCGGAUAUCGAACGAUUCGCCAUCUCAAUCGAGUAGUCGAACCCUACGCAGGACAUUAUCCUCCGAAACGAAUGUUUCGGUUACAUCUACCAUAUCAACAUUGACUUCCGGUUCGCAAGCCAGCUGCAGCAGUAACGGCGACAACAGUGGCAAAGAGGGUAAAAGCAAGCGAAUACUUAAAGCCGAAAGCGUCGAAGCGAUCAAUCGUAAAAACGUCCUAUCAUCGGCCAAAUACAGCUGCGGACAAGAUUUCAAAGUUGGAUCACCUCUCAUCAAAGACGUAUUCGAAAAUCAUCAAAAUGGUAUUUUUAAUACGUCUUCGACGACUUCUGCAGCCGAAGCAGCCACUGAGGACGAAGACGACGACCAAACUACACCCAAAUUUAGACUCGAGAAGCAUCACGAUGAAGAUAAUAGCUCUGCAAAUUGGUACGGUACCGGUGAAAAUAUCAAAGUGGCUUAUUUAGAGAUACAAGACAGCGAAGAAUCGGAUUUCAGCACGAAAGAGAAUUCUUCUUCGGCUGACACUGAUGAUAAUCUGGAUAAGAGUCUGGAGCUGAUGAGCGAUUCGUUAUGCGAUGGUAAUUAUACCGUUGUCGAUUACGGCAAGAAGGAGUCGGCCAUCAAAGACUCCAGUAUUAGUAGCGAUACCGAGGGUGACGUCCCAUUUACCAAAUUAGAGAAACAAGUUUACGCUCAAGUCAUCAAAAACCAACAAAAACGAGAAGAUCGUAGAAAAUCCGACCGUUUCCACGAUUCGAAAAUCACAUCGACGGUUCCGACGGUGGUAGCAGCGGUGCCUGCGAUCGAUACCAAACCAACGAUUCACGUUAACGAUAUCAAGAAGACGUUCGAAAAAGCCGAACCGUUGGUUAAAAUGAAUGGCAUCAAGACGUCGCAAAACCAUUUGCGAAUGUCUUCGAUGGAUUCGACGACCAGCGAAGAUAGCCUUCCUACUACCAAUUCGGGAUCUGCCAGUAAUCUGCUGAAGGAGCAGCAGUUUGGUAGCAUAACGUCGCUUGCUUCUUCUACUAGCCUUAUUUCGCAGCAGGAACUGCAGCAAUUGAUCGAUGAAGCAAAUCAGACGUUAGAAGAAACUGCUGGAAGUGGAGGACACGAUUUGAUGGUAAUUAUACUGCAUCGAGAAACCGUUACUAGUAGCAUAGGAAUUACAUUAGCUGGCGGAGCUGAUUAUGAAACUAAAGAAAUCACCGUUCACAAAGUACUCGUUGGAAGUCCGGCCGACAAAGACGGCAGAAUCCAAAAAGGAGACAGAAUUUUAUCGAUAAAUGGACGUAAUAUGAAAGGUGUAACGCACCGAGAAGCACUUUCAAUUUUGAAGGCUCCUCGAUCCGAAGUAGUAUUAGUGGUUUCCAGAUGGAGAACAGAUGGAUCGAAUGAUAACGCGACACCUGUUCCGGCCGAAGAUACUCUUGUGGCCACUUUCAAAAAUACUAUCAGGCCUCCUAGAAUACCUGAAGUUAGCUCAGACUGUGAUAGCCGUAAUUUUACAAGUUCAACAGCCAAUAAUAAUUACAGUAAAAUAGUGAAAGGUCCAGUUAUAUCCGUUACACUGAUCAAAGAAGGAGGUGGUUUAGGUUUCAGUCUGGAAGGUGGUAAAGAUUCUCCAUUCGGUGAUCUUCCAUUAACCAUAAAGAAAAUAUUCACCGGCGGAUGCGCUGCUAAAAGUGGUAUGCUUCAUGCCGGAGACGAACUUUUAUCAUUGAACGGUGUCGAUGUAACGUCCAUGUCCAGAACCGAAGCUUGGAACAUGAUGAAGAGAUUAUCGGACGGUCAAGUAAUAUUAAAUGUUCGAAGAUCGUCCUCUAAAGAAUAAUAGGCUAAGUAGAUGAAGAAAACAGAAAACUACACAAGCGAAUGAUUCGCGACUGAUUUAUUACUAUCUCUCUAUAGACUCGCCGGAUUGUCUCGAUAACGACAACAACGUGUUGUACAUUCGAAUAUAUUAAGCAUUUUAAAUUAACAUUUAUUCACGAUGAUGAAUACG